UUGGCGAUCUGUCUGUGAUUGAAAAGACAAUUAUUACAAUCAAUAAAAAGUGUAGAACAGAGAGUGCAAGUGCAAGUAAAACAGAGAACAGAUCUAACCUUUCGUGAACAUCAGUGAUUAGGUUAAUUUAAAAGUCGCACGCGAGUACAUACUUCAAAAUUAAAAAAAAGUUAGAAAUUAAAAAUUGAAGACAUGUUACAUUAUUUCACUAUCCAUCAAAUUCGAAAUUGCGACAGAGAUUUUUGGAAGAAUACAAGCUCGCACAAAUUUCGGAAGAAUCCAAGCAGCUGAGGUUUCUAAUCAUACCUGCGGGUUUGGUGAAAAUAAUAAUGGAAAAAUCCACAAGUAAGAAAACUAUUAUACAGAAAAAUGAGACCGACACGUCGAUAUCUUCAAUCUCGUUCGGUGAAUCGCCCAGAAAAUGCAACCUCUCCUUCUCGAUCAACUUCGACUUCAACGACGUCGACAGCGAAAAUUCUACGGAUUCCGAAAAUGCGGAUUUGCAAAUCGACAUAUCCGAGGUUGACAAUUACGAGCCGUCUAGCAAGCAUAAAAGGGAGGCUAUCGAGGAAGCAUCGGUGCUUAAUAAAAUGGAGGAGGAAAUUGAGAGGCAGCUUGAUGCCAAAGCUGCCAAGAUUAAUUUAACUGCUACUAAUGUGAAAAAUAUACUGAAACACGUGAUUCCUUAUGAACAUUUGAUGACGAUGAUACAAAAGUGGCUACAGGAUACAGAGGACGAUGUCAACUUUGGUCCUAAACUCACACGAGCCAAAGCAAAGAAAUUGGCAGCUGCACAGGUCAACAUUCCAUGGCCGAUUACUACAACUCAAAAAGCUUCGUCGGAAGUGCAAGCUCUGAUUCAGGAAGAACUGCCAGAGGAUUCAUCGGAUGAAGAAUAUAAUCCUGAUCAUGAUAAACAUACUGAGAGCGAUGAUGAUAGAGACAUGGAUAAUACAAGCAACGAAUCACAACAAUCAACAUCAACAAAUAAUAGAAAUGUGAUUUGUCCUGAGCAACAAAGAUCGUCGGAUAUACGAUACGAUCCUGAAGGAAUUUUUAAAAUACCAGCUAUUCCACAUGUUGUAACAGAGGAAGAGAGUAUCGGUCAGAGAACACGCUCUAAAUUAUCUUUAAGUGAAACUUCUUUGGAGGAAAUAGAACAAGCAUUUAUACCACCUGACAUAACUGUUGACAUGAUGACUGAUGAUUGGGAUUGUGAGCUAGAUGAAGAUUGGGAUAACUUUUUGAAAGAAUUUACACAACCUUUAACACAAGAACUGGCUGUAGAAGAUGAUCCAGAAGCAGAUCCAGAGUAUAAUAUUUUGGAGGAUGAAGAAACAGAUUUAUUGGACAAGGAAGAACUCAGGACGGAUAAAGCAGUAGAAGUUCCUCGUAAAGAGCAAUACGAUUUAAUUGCGGAAUUACUCGAAUUAACUCCUAUGUUCUCGACGCAAGAAGAAGAAGAAAAAUCAAGGAAAAAAAGGAUUCCAGAUAAUACAACUCCACCGAUUGAAACUAAUACUAUGAACUCCUCUAUGGUAGACCUUUUACCGGUACUUGCAGAACCUGAAUUACCAAAAUUAGUAAAUUUCGAGCAACGUCUUUUAUUAGCCAUACAAUUUCGGCAACAUGUACAAUUAAUGGCACAGCAUUUUGUUAUGACUUAUAUGCAUUCGGAAUAUCAUUCGCUAGCAAUAACAUGUAAACAGAACUUGAAUAGUUUAAGAUAUUUAAGCAACGGACCGAAUUCUGCAUUUAAUGCAGAAAACUUAGAAGAAGCUUUGAAAUUAAUAUCAACUUGGGAGAAUAAAUUUUCCGACACACGAUUCUAUGCAAAUUUUAAACGGAACAUAAUAGAUAACGUUGCUAAAAUUAAAACAUGUACGAAUGAGCGAAUACAUACCGCAGAAUUUCUUCCUGAAUUAGAACAAUUAUUCGUCGAAAGUAAGGCUCUUAUGUAUCCGCAACUUUUGCCACAGAUACCUUUCAGAAGUGGAGUUAAACUUAGAAAAUCUACAUAUUUAAAAGCAGAAGAAAAUUUAAUUGCACUGGGUAUAGAACAAUUUUUACCAUUUGUUGCAUCCAAAUCAAGGAAGCUUCGCACAAAGAAAAUGCUGUUGAACGAUGCCGUUCAACUUAUUAGUCACUAUCUGUUACCAUGUAGAGAUCCGCAAAGAAUAUUACAUCAUAUUAAAAAACGUCGCGUUUCUAAAGAUGAAAAUCCUGUUAAACAUUAUUUUGAAAAAGGCUAUGCUCCUAGAAUAAUACAUCGCAUAACGCUUGAUAACAAGCCCAAAGCUCCAAACGAUCAACCGAUCAAUCUUUUACCUUCAAGAUGGCAAAUAUAUCUCAAUACUCAAAGAGAGCGCAAAAACAAUUUGUUCAACAAUAAUUAUAUAUUUGACUCAAAUGGUAAUUUUGGAAAACCAUGGGUUAACAUGAAUGCAAUACUGAAAUCGUAUCCUAUUGUCUCUAGUGAUCAUCCAUUAAGAAACCCAGUCAUAAAUAUAUUACCGAAAAUAUUACCUACGACUGUGAAUUCAAAAACUUCAACUGCUGACAAGACGGAUAGUUCCACUAUUAAAAGAAAUUCUAAACUCAGUAAUGAGAACGAUGAAAAAGGAGCAAUUGAUAAUAGUUUACAAACUGCGGAGGUGCUUACAAGAGCAAGUAAAGCCAAUAAAAAUUUAUAUUCCAUAAAAAUAGCUACUGUAGAUGCAAAGGUGGCACAGAUGGACAAAUUACCAGAUGAACAGAAAAAUAACAAUCCUACAUUAAGUAGCACAUCAACUAGAAGUUCAAAGGUAUCCAAGGAUAUGUCGCAGAUAUCAUCGGGACCACAAAUACGCAAAACUACACCUCGAUUAGCGAAAACGAGAAGCGCACAGAAUAUGAAGUUGAUGGCUCAAGUUUUAGGUUCCAAGAGUUCAGCUAAUUGUACAUUAAAAUCUAAAGAGAAAGAUACCGCAGAUAAGAAUACCGACGAAAAUUUCAUCGCAUCAAAAGUCGACAAUGAAGACGAGAUAGCAGAAUUAAUGUUAGCUAGUACUACAAUAAUAAAGGAUCCUGUAAGUAGAAAGAAGGCUAAACAAACUAGGGAGCUGGAAAUUAUUAAAAGAUUAUUGAAAGCUGAGAAUCCAUUGACUGAAGAAGAGCGUGAAGCAAAAUUUGCGGCAUCGUAUCUUCAAAAACUACACUUGACAUUAGAACCUAAUAAUCCAGAGAUAUUUAGGGCUGUGAUAAAAUUGUACUUAGACUAUAGCGAAAAACUAGAAAGUAUCAACCAGACGGUCAUCGACCCGCCAUUUCCUGAAGAAUUUGCAGCGAACGAAGAGAUACAAGAUAGCACGAUCAAAAAGGAUAUACUCACAAUCAGAUUAUAUCAGGAUGUCUGCAAAAUAUUGCAAAAUUAUCCAGAAAUGUGUACAGACUUUCUAUUAUUCUUGAAGCCGCAUCAAGCCGCGAUGAUCGGUAAAUCUAUGGAAUAUAUGAUGCUGCAAAAGAUGAACGAUUUUGUUCAUAUCGCGCAAAUAUACUUUGCCAAGCAGCCAUCGCGGAUAGCGAAAAUGAUGCAGGCGAUUACGCAACUUUCGUCCGAUCCACACACAACUCUGGAAACUAUUCACACUGUUAUGAGUCCGGUCUUCAAGGGUCAUCCGCUCAUUAUGGAUUUGUUUUUGCAAGUUCUGCCUACCGCGAAACCUCCUGAAAGCUUAUUUGUACCUCAUAUGUUUGAAAACUUGACGUGUCCGUUGGGACCCUACGAUAAGAACACAACUUACAUCGAGAAUGCACCAGAGUUAUAUGAAAAUAUUGAAUUACCCACAGCGACGUGUCAAGAGGAUCCAUAUGGUGGAGAAAAUUGUAAAUGCGAUUGUCAUAACAUAGACGACUCGAGUCUUAAAAGCAAUUCGGAGCAUUGUGUUUCCUGCGGUACACGGUUUCUCAAUGGAAGAAUUUAUCUUCAAACUCCUGAAGGUUUGCGACCUGCAAAAAUUACAUUUCCCGGAGAACACCAGGAGAAAUUGGAAAAUAUUGCGCGAGUAUCGUUAAAAAUUGCUGAUAAAGUCGCUCCGUCAUCAAUCUCGUCGAAGAAACGGCGAAAGUCAUCGAAGAAUGAGUCCAGUCACGAAGAAGUUUGCCAGAAGAAAUAUUCGCCAUUAAAGGAUAAUGAAGAUAACGAGAAAGCAGCAGCAAAGUCUAAAAAGAGUGUCAAGCUUGCACUUAAAGCAGAUCAGAAGAAGACUUUGAAGAGAAUAGGCAAUGUAGAUGACGCGACUGCGAAUAAAAAGAUAAGGAUGACUCACUGCAGGAGUAAACGAGAGAAGAAGACUGAAGAAAUGGAUGUCUUAUUGGAACAUAGUGAACUUGAUAUUGCGGAGCAUGAGAAAACGAAUGAUAAUAUUAGAGAAACAGAAGGAAACAGCUGUAUGCAGUUGUCAGUGCAGGAUAAUUCAUCGAGUGUUGAACUUGUACAAUCCGCUACAAGCAACAGUACCGAUUGUGAUUUAAAUUGUAAAAAUACGAGUACAGAAACAGCAGUCGGUGUAAAAACGACAAUCGACAAUAAUAUUCAGUCUGAUUUAACGAGCAAUAAACCGUGGACACGUCAGGAAGACAUGAUUCUGCUACAAAGCGUUAAAAAAGAAUAUUCUGAAAAUUCAUUUCUAUUAGUUAGUGCAAAAUUAAAUAAUCGUACUGUUGAUGAGGUGAAGGAGAGAUGCCAAACUUUACUUUCUUUAUUACAGAAAAUAAUGUAAAUAUAUAUAUAUAUAUAUAUAUAUAUAUAU